CUAUAUAUUAUGUCUUUGUGUGACGACAUGCUGCUUUGUAAUUAUCGAAAGUGUCGCAUCAAACUCUCUGGUUAUGCAUGGGUCACUGCCUGUUCUCACAUUUUCUGUGAUCAGCAUGGCAGCGGUGAGUUUAGUCGUUCACCAGCUAUCUGCCCUGCUUGCAACAGUACCCUUUCUGGAAAACUAGAUAUUGUCCGUACAGAACUCAAUCCAUCAGAGGAAUAUAAAGCCAUGGUGCUGGCAGGACUUCGACCAGAGAUUGUGUUGGACAUUAGCUCCCGAGCACUGGCCUUCUGGACAUACCAGGUACAUCAGGAGCGUCUCUAUCAAGAAUACAAAUUCAGCAAAGCUGAGGGCCAUCUGAAGCAGAUGGAGAAGAUAUAUACUCAGCAAAUACAGAGCAAGGAUGUAGAAUUGACCUCUAUGAAAGGGGAGGUCACCUCAAUGAAGAAAGUGCUAGAAGAAUACAAGAAAAAGUUCAGUGACAUCUCUGAGAAACUUAUGGAGCGAAAUCGUCAGUAUCAAAAGCUCCAAGGCCUCUAUGAUAGCCUUAGGCUACGAAACAUCACUAUUGCUAAUCAAGAAGGUAACCUUGAACCAUCCAUGAUUUCCAAUUCUGGUAUUUUUGGCUUCCCAUUAGGGAACAAAUCCAAGUUUCCUUUGGACAGUGCACCAGUUCAAAACCAGGGUGGUGGAGACGGAGAUUUUCAGUUCAGACCAUUUUUUAUGGGUUCUCCCACAGCACCUGAACCCAGCAACAACUUUUUUAGUUUUGCAUCUCCAAGUCGUGAAUUAGAGCAGCAGCAAGUCUCUAGCAGGGCCUUUAAAGUAAAAAGAAUUUAA